AUGGAUACAUUGGUGGACCAUGCCCAAUCUGCUUUUCUUAAGGGUAGAUGUAUUCUUGACAAUUUUGCCAUAGCAGAGGAGGCAAUCUUCAGUAUGCAUAAGAGAAGACUAAACGAGCACAUUCUAAAGGUGGACUUCUCUAAGGCUUUCGACUCUGUUGAUUGGGACUUCUUGCUGGAGCUCUUGAGGGUGCGGGGUUUUGGAUCUAGAUGGCUAGGAUGGAUAAACUCGAUCCUCAGCUCUUCGAAGGCUUCGAUUUUAAUAAAUGGGUCUCCUAGCGGAUAUGUGAGGUAUCAACGUGGUUUAAGACAGGGUGACCCGUUGUCGCCUCUGCUCUUUGUGCUGGUAUCGGAUGUGUUAUGCACAAUGUUCGAUAAUGCGUUGAAUUCUCACGUCCUGAUUGGUGUUCCGUUGGGAGAAUAUGGGAGUAUAUGCAAUUUGUACUAUGCAGAUGAUCUGUUGGUUCUAACAGUUGGUGGAGCUGAAGACCUUAGAGUUAUUAAAUUAAUCCUUCUGGUGUUUGAGGGGCUCUCUGGGCUGGAAACCAAUUUCUCUAAGACUUUUACUUACCUUGGUAUCCCUGUCUCGGGUAGAAGGCCUCGGAAGCAAGAUUGGGAGAAAUUAGUUAUUUCUGUACUUUCGGCGGUACCAACGUACUGGAUGUCUUUAUUCCGUCUCCCUCCGUGGGUUAUAAAAAAAAUUAACCGAAUUCAAAGAGACUUCUUAUGGUCUGGAGCUGAUAUUGAUAAACCUCGAUGUAGACUUGUGGCUUGGAAGAAUAUUUGUUGCUCGAAGGAGCAAGGCGGUUGGGGUAUCUUAGAUUUAUCUUCCUUCAACCUCGCCUUGUUGGGGAAAUGGAGAUGGAAGCUACUGGUUAAUCCGCAUUGGAGAGGGGUGAAGAUUCUGCGAUUCAAUUAUAAGGACCCUAUUUGGGAUCUGUAUAAGCACCCAAGAGGAAGAAUCUCAUAUUUUUGGUCGGGUGUCUCUCGGUGCCUCCUUGCUUUUCGUGAAUGUGUGACGGUUCAUGUCAAAUCUGGGUCUGAGACGCUCUUCUGGAAAGAUAGAUGGUUCAACGGUCUCGCUCCAAUGUACAUCUGGGCAGAAGAGUUUCUUGUGUCUCCUAGGCCUAAUGGUACGAUCAGGGAGUUGGCCUUUUUACUUACGGCCCCCCGCUUUGCUUCGAACUCGGUGACUCGCUCGACCUGCCUAGGGCUGAACUUGGGGGAUGAUAAUGAGAAGGAUCAAAAGCUUUGGAGCCUAACAGCUAAUGGGUCUUUCUCGGUCAAAUCUUUCUAUUGCCGUUUGAAUGAGGGAGGAUUGCGGUGCCCUCUUGCUAACGUCCUGUGUAAGGGGCCUUGCCCGAGGAAGGUUAACAUUCUUAAUUGGCUAGUUUGGAAGAACAAGGUUCUUUCCCUGAAGAAUCUUGCGAGACGUCGCUGUAAUAAGCUACGUACUGACACUUGUGUUUUAUGCCACUCCGGUGUUGAAUCGGUGGAUCAUCUUUUCCUAAAUUGUCAGUUCUCUAAGGAGGUUUGGGAGAGCCUUGUUGGGUUUCUCCAGCUACCAGUGUUACCCCCUACUAUAUCUCUUUUGUGGGGUGACUGGAGGUUGGCCUUACGUUUGGAGAACCGGGUGUUUGGGGUUUGGACUACUUAUUUGCUAUUAUCAUGGUUCUCUGCAGCUACCGAGGGUUUGAGAGAGCAGCUGACUGCCCCUAUCUCUGCUAUCAGGCGCAGCUUAGAGUUCGAGGGACCUCGCUCAGAGGGGCUGGUGGCCACUCACAUGUCCGAGGAGGACCAGGUUGACAGAGAGGAGUAG